CAACAGAUUAAGCUGCAAGAUGAACAUAUUUUGAAGCAAAUGGGACAAGUCAUGCUCGCCAUUUGGAUAACUCACUGGAAUUGCAUCAAACAAUAGAGAGAAUGAUAGGACCAAGCUGCUUUCAAUAUGUUCGAAUCAAUCAUCCAGCCCACUAAUGACCGUUUCCUCCAACCGAAGGAAAAGAAGGCAUGCAAUGGAUGGAUACCAAUAGUACGAAGCUUAACAAGUCGAGGCAAAAUUGAGGUUUCCGUAUGGAAAAGGUGCAGAUAUUACCAAUGCCAAUACAAGGAAGGAUUCCGUGAUGAACGUCCAAGUACCGACUUCGAAUUGGUGUUUCCUUUCCGGGUCAUUUUUGACCAAACGGACGCACAUUAAAGCUUUGGAAAGGCUAUUACUAGCUCCCUGGCGAGACCUAAAUUCAUGAAGCUUCGAAAUCGACCGCUCGAUGUCUCAAGUUCUUAAAAAACCCCCAAAAAAAAAACUUUUUACAACAUAGCAAUCAGUAGAGAUAACAACACCUCAAUACCUCUGUCCAAACAGGUUAUACCGAUU